UACUGUAACAAUAUGAUACUCCUUUAAACAUAUUGGGUAAUGAAACCAAAUGAGUAGAUAUCAACACAGUAGGUGGUUUGAUUUGCUACUGUGGUGCUUCUGACCAUUACGCUUAGCCAGAUGUAUGUAUUUCUCUUACAGUCCUUCAAAAUUGACUCUACAAAUUUUAACUAAGUACGAAGAACUAAAUUUAGAUGUUGGGGAGGGAAGGGGAGAAAAUUGUUAAGCUGGCCUUCAACUUUUCAGUCACGUAAUUUAACAGCACACUAAUUUUUGUUUUAACAGUCUUCAUCUUGGAUCGAGACAAGUUUGUGUGCACAAUUAGGCUUGCAAAUUGCUAGUCUCACCUUGACUUUGCCUCUCAGUUCCCAACUGAACAUGGUUACCUUGAGAACCGUGGCAUUAACACUGUUAGAGCAUGCUCCGCUUGGGAUUUCGGGUGUGUGCUAUUUUUAAUGCUAUUUAAUGAAGAAACUUCUCAUUCUGCAAUGAAGGAAGCAUAAUGGAAGAGCAGAGCAAUGAUUGGUUAUGGAUACUGAAAAAGAAAAAUUGCAAAGGUUGAUGAUCUAUCAAACUGUCUAACGGAAGGGCAUGGAGACUGGCAUUCUGAACUGUUAGUGGGGACAUGGGACUCAUGUUGUCAUUGAUCAUUUGUGUGGAUUUAACCAUUGAAGAGCAACAGAAGCAGCUAGAAAGACAUCGAGAAUUAAAGCUGCUUUGAAGGUCACCAAAUCUUGUUUUAAUUCCUGUCUGGGAGAAUGUCUGAGCAAGGUAAAUUGAACCAGGAGACAGCAGAGGAAGCUGUGGAAGACCAGGAGUCUGCCAUCUCAGAUGCCACCCCAGAGAACUGCAUCAGUAAUCAAACAGAAAGCUUGGAAGCAGAGGAAAAGGAGGAGAAGCUGAGUGAUGCCAAAUCGGACCACCAGAAACGAGGCAUAAACCAGAACCAGCAGAAAAAGAGAUCCAAGUCAGGAGCUAAAGGGAAACUAGUCCGGAGUCUUGCUGUGUGCGAAGAAUCAUCCCCUCGACUGGGAGCAGAAGGUCUUCAUGAUAAUCAGGAAUCAAUACUACUACAGCUUUCAAGUUUUCCCAGUCUACAGGAAGAAGAUAAAUCUAGUAAAGAUGACUCCGAAAAAGAGAAGGAUAAAAACAAAGAAAAAGAUAAAAACUGUGAAAAAUCAAAGAUCCGAAUGUUAUCAAAAGAUUGCAGCCAAGAAUAUACUGACUCAACAGGCAUAGAUUUGCAUGAAUUCCUGGUGAACACAUUAAAGAAUAAUCCCAGGGACAGAAUGAUUCUCUUAAAAAUGGAACAAGAAAUUAUUGAUUUUAUUAGUGACAACAAUAAUCACUAUAAAAAGUUCCCUCAGAUGUCGUCAUAUCAGAGGAUGCUAGUGCACAGAGUGGCAGCUUAUUUUGGAAUGGAUCACAAUGUGGAUCAAACUGGAAAAUCUGUAAUAAUCAACAAGACCAGCAAUACUAGAAUACCAGAGCAAAGGUUUUCUGAACAUUUAAAAGAUGAAAAAGGUGAAGAAUCCCAGAAGCGAUUUAUCUUGAAGCGAGAUAACUCUAGUAUUGAUAAAGAAGACAAUCAGCAAAACAGAAUUCAUCCAUUUAGAGAUGACAGACGAAGUAAAUCAAUUGAAGAGAGAGAAGAGGAGUAUCAGAGAGUGAGGGAGAGAAUAUUUGCACAAGAUUCAGUUUGCUCCCAAGAAAACCUUUUUGUGGAAAACAGCAGGCUACUGGAAGACAGUAGUAUAUGCAAUGAGACCCAUAAGAAAAGACAGCUAUUUAGGGGUAACAGAGAUAGCACAGGGAAGGCAUCUGGCAGCCGGCAAAGCAGUACAGAAAACGAAAUGAAAUGGACAGACCACCAGAGGCCAUGGAGCAGCACGGACUCAGACAGUUCCAAUCGCAAUUUGAAGCCAGCCAUAACAAAGACAGCAAGUUUUGGUGGAAUAACUGUUUUGACAAGAGGAGAUAGCUCAUCAAGUAACAGGAGUACCGGCAAACUGUCUAAAACAGGUUCAGAGUCUUCCAGCAGCGCUGGCUCCUCAGGAUCGCUGUCACGAACACAUCAGCCUCUCCAAAGUGCAUCCAUUGUCCCUGGAGUGACAGCCAGCCCUUCAGGCAAUGUUUCCUAUACAGAGAAUGGAAUGAAUGGCCAGGUAGCACCGAGCAACACCAGCUAUAUCAUACUUCCACUUGAAGCUGCAGGGAUACCACCUGGCAGUAUCCUCCUCAAUCCACACACAGGCCAACCAUUUGUAAAUCCUGAUGGUACACCUGCAAUAUACAACCCUCCCAGUGGCCAGCAGCCAAUUAGGAGCCAGCUCGUGGGACAAUCUCAGCAGCAGCCUUCAUCCCAACAGCAGCAGCAAGUUCAGCAACCCCAGCAGCAAAUUGCAGGUCACCUUGUUACACAGGCUUUGCAGCCAUCUUCCCAGUCAGUCCAAUAUCCAGCGGUUUCUUAUCCACCCCAGCAUCUCCUGCCAGUCUCUCCAACGCAGCAGUUUCCUGUGCGAGAUGACAUGACAACACAAUUUAGCCAGAUGAGCUUAAGUCGUCAGUCAUCGGGAGACAAUCCUGAGUCGCCUUCUGGUCCUGUCUACCCAUCACCCAUCAUACAGCCCUCUGGCCAGCAGACUGGUUAUGUCAUGGCAUCUCCAAGUCAGCAGCUUCCUCCAGGAAGUUUUACGGGUUCAGGUCCACCAGUAUCCCAACAAGUACUACAGCCUCCACCACCACCCCAGGGCUAUGUGCAGCAACCAUCACCUGCUCAGAUGCCAGUGUAUUAUUACCCAUCUGGUCAGUACCCUACCUCAGCAACUCAGCAGUAUAGACCCAUUGCCUCAGUUCAGUACAAUGCACAACGGAGUCAACAAAUACCCCAGACUGCACAGCAAGCAGGUUAUCAGCCCGUCUUGCCUAAUCAGCAACAAGGGUUCCAAGGACUCAUGGGAAUGCAGCAACCUCCCCAGAGUCAGAACCUGAUGAAUAAUCAGCAGGGAAAUCAGGUGCAAGGCAUGAUGGUUCAGUAUCCAGCCAUGUCGUCUUAUCAGGUGCCAAUGACGCAGGGUUCUCAAGGACUGCCACAACAAUCAUAUCAACAGCCAAUCAUGCUACCUAAUCAAUCAGGUCAAGGAACAAUUACAGCCACUGGAAUGCCUGUUUACUGUAAUGUUAUACCUCCCACUCCACAGAACAACUUAAGGUUGAUUGCCCCACACUGCCCCUCCAAUAACGUUCCAGUUAUCACUGCCAGCUGCAGGACAAACUGUGCAAGUAUUAACAAUACAGGGUGGCAGGUCAAGUACUGACACUGUGGCAUAGUGUGAAUACACAAGGAUAGCGGUGCAUUAUUUGACAAAUAACUCAUGGCCUUCAAAUGAAGAGGAGCACAACAGGAUAAUCAGUUGGGACAUAAGUAUUGACAGUGCUCAAGCAAUUGCUGCUGGAAUUCUGUAAAAAAUAAUAAAUUAAAAAAUGUUUGCUGGUUCAUGGUGCAUAUUUUUGUCAUGUCUGCUAGGUAUGCCUUUAUAGCUUAGCUAGUGACAUGAAUUCAUUGAGGUAAGAUUUUUUCCUACCACUGAACACCACUGUGUAGAUUGUAAUAUCCCUGAUUCGGAUUAGUUUUGUACUUUGUGUUGAGUUUGUGAAGCUAAAAGUAUUUAAAAAUAUAUAAUAAAAUCACAUUGUACCAAAGCUGUAAUGGAAAUUUAAAAAACAACAACAACAAAAAGAAUUGCUGAAUGGAAGGAAUAAUUUAUAUACACUAUAGAGUUUUUUAUGGACAUAUACUGUAUUGUAGUGUUUAAUCACAAUAAAGCUAUUUGACCUCAUGAAGAAAGGUCAUGUUUCUACCACCU